GAUUGCAUGGUGGCCUGCACGUCAAGACUACCCGGGGCGUACGUGGGCUUGGCACAAUGGGCACAAUACGGCGCAUGUCAGGUGACAGGUCGAGAGCUCGAUCGAUAUCGACGGUCGAUCGAUAUCACAUGACUUUGAUUAUGCAUGCAAGCUAGCUAGCCAUUAUUAUAUUGGAUUCACGCAUCGCGAUUGCUGGUAUACAGAUACAUGUAGUUCAAUUCUGGCCUCUACCGGUAAAAUUUAGAAAAUGGAUAAGUUGAUAAUAGUAGUAGGACUUUUUGUCACAGUUGUCAUAUUUUCAGCUGCUAGUGCAUCCAACGUUCCGGUUGUAGCUUGGUCGAAUACGAGGAGCCUGUUUGAUACUCGUCAGAUAUCUGCUGGUGAAGAAGUCAGCAAAGAAUCUCUGAGAGAUGAUUUUGUGAAUCAUGUCAUUGGAGCAGACCAAAAGCCACAGACAAUAAUCCUGGUCUUGAUGAACAAGUUGAAGCUUGGUGAUCUCACUCGAUACAGCAAUGCAUAUGAUGCACAAAACCAAGGAGGAAUUAUUCCUAACAUCAAGAGCUCCAUGGAAAGUUCUGCAUCAAGCUUGGUUCUUCCCCAGACAGACACAUCUGACCUUCUUGAUGACCUGAUGUCAAAGGUCACGGGACUUAUCACAGAAAUCAACAAUCCUGUUGAUGUACAGUCUCUUGCCUUAGAUUCUAAACAGACCAACCUUGUUAUUGUCAGAGUUGAACCUAGUGACUCUGUUGAGGAGCAGCUGAAGGCAGCUGAUAAAUAUGUCAAGAUUCUUAUGAAUAAAUUCAAUGGAAGAUCAACUCCAUUCACACUCUUCUUCACUGCUUCACCUAUAUCCCAGGAUUCAUCUCAUGCAAGUGGGCGUCGUCUCCUUCAGGCCACUGAUGGUGAUGCAGCUAAGUUUGCAUUCAUCAACUUCACAGAAGAUGGCUGUCAAUUGUAUUUCUUUGCAGCAAACAUCAAUGUGCAAUUUGUGAAAGGAGCAGAUGGCCAGAAGAAUGAGAGUGUGCCACUUCCUACUACUGGCUGGGUAUCCACAGGAUCAGAUUGUUUGACUAACAGAUCACUCAUCUUCAACUUGGGGAUUUCGGAUUUGGAAGGAUUGAAUGGCACUGAUUGGAUAGAAAGUGUGUCUUUUAAAGUGGAAUUCAACAUGACUGCAAGAGACUUCUGGUAUGUAAGCAAAAGUUCUAUCACUGCUCAACUAAAAGGACAAAAGGAGUUAACACACAUGAUUGAUUUACAUGAGUUAGAGACUCCAUUAGGAUGGUCCUAUCACUGUGGUGAUAUUACAUUUGUCAGCAAGCAGCAACCAAAUAAAACUGAUGACAUGGUCAAUCUUAUUUUCAAGGAUUUCCAGAUUCAACCAUUUGGGAUUGAGAAUGACAAGUUUUCUCAAGCUAAUGACUGCAUAGGUUACUUCUCUCCAGCUAUUUGGAUGGGAAUCAUAACAGCAUUGCUUGUUAUUGCUAUCAUUGGUUUUGGUAUUGGUAUGAUGGCUACUGUCAAGGUUAUGGAUAAGUUUGAUGACCCCAAGGGAAAACAGCUCAUGAUCAAUGUUCCAGAGUCUUAAUGCUACUCUUUCUCCUAUACAUGUCAGUUAAAGCAGAUAGGGAUUUAUUGAAAAUGUUCUUGUAGCAUAGGGAAAAUGUAUUUGACCAAUCUAUGGUAUCAAUUGAUUAGCAAUAGAAUAGAUGAAAUGUAAAUGUCAUUCGGUUAGUAAAGAAAAGUGGUACAAGUUUUGAAAUACUAUAUGACAUGAAAGUAACUUCUACAUUUUCAGUUCAGAAAAUGAUUCCAAAAAAGACAUCAAAGUAGCAGAUAUAAUUCUAUGUAUAUGUAGGUAACCACAUUCCAAUGAUAUCAUCUGAUCAUUUUUGUUGAAUGUUACGAAUUAAUUAGCUAGCCUUAAUUGUGGAAAAUCGUAUACUGUGGUUGAAAUUUAAUGUAAGGGCAGCAGAUCUUACUGUUUGAUAUUUUAAGCCAGUUUUACUACUAAUAGUUACACAACAACAAUGACUGACAAUGUAUACGGUAAUUAGAACUUUCCUUGUUGACCUUCUGUGAUUACACAUACUCUUCUGUUGAUGUAUUAUUGUACGAAUUUGAAAGGCAUGUCAAUUCUUAUUGCUCACUCUUUAUACAUAGAUGACAUUGGUCUUGGAUAUAUGCAACAUAUGAAAUAUUUGUACAAGUCUAGUUUUAAAUCAUGAGGGGGGGGGGGGGGGUUGUGUUCAUUAUAUUGAUGGAACAUUGAUGAAACAAUUUUGUGGGGUCUGAAAAUAUAAGGUACAUGUAUUAAAAAUAGAUGACAUCUAAUUUGGUGCAUUUAGAGCAGAACAUUGAGUUGCUGUCUUUAGGAAUUAACUGUUAUACAGUUUAUUACACAUACCCAUUUAAUUGUAUCCCCCGAACAGAGUUCGGAGGAUAUUAUGGAUUUGGCCUCGUCACGCCGCCGCCGCAGAGAUUUCCUUGUGAGCGCUCUAUCAGCUGCAUUUCUUCUCCGAUCAUCUUCAAAUUUGGCAUUAAGGUUGAGUAUGGUAUAGCGAAGCCGCCUAUUGAUUUUGGUGUGGGCGGAGACAUCGUUGCCAUGGCAACAAGAGUUUUUGUGGAAAUAACAGAUGUCCUUGUGAGCGCUCUACCUGUUGCAUUUCUUCUCCGAUCAUCUUUUAAUGUGGCAUGAAUGUCCAUUAUGGUAAAGCAAAGCCGCCUAUUGAUUUUGGUGUGGGCGGAGACAUUGUUGCCAUGGUAACAGGAGUUUUUGUCUCGCCCACCAGAGGUGGAUCCAAACAUCGUCCGUCCGUCCGUCACAAACCUUAUGACACAUAACUCCACAACCGUAAGUCACUUUUCAACCAAACUUGGAUGGUAGAUGGACUUGGGGGACCUGCAUGUUAUGCUGCAGUCGGAGGUCACAUGGUAAGGUCAAAGGUCAUUUUCAGGUCAACGUUAAAGUUUACAUGCAAGACUCUUUUAUGACACCUAACUCCGCAACCUUAAGUCACUUUUCAACCAAACUUGGAUGGUAGAUGGAUUUGGGGUACCUGCAUGUUAUGCUGCAGUCAGAGGUCACAUGGUAAGGUCAAAGGUCAUUUUCAGGUCAAUGUUGAAGUUUACAUGCAAGACUCUCUUUCUCCGAAACGAUAAGUCACUUUUCAACCACACUUGGAUGGUAGAUGGGCUUGGGGGACCUGCAUGCUAGGGUCAUUGUCGCCAUGAUAAUUGUAUUUAUUUGUCAAAUUUCUGUGUGAGCUCUAUAUAUCGCAAUGACGGAUGACGUGGUGGGUUCGGGGGAUACAUGUGCUCGGCUGCGCGACCCGCCGAGCAUCUCUAGUUGUCAUUGAUGUUCAAACACUCACCAUUGUUGUCUACACAAUAUUGAUGGCAAAUAUCUUGACUUCAUCUUUCAAUUGUGAAAGAUAGAAUAACAAAUUUUCAUCAUAAAUA